UAUGCCUUGUUUCCUUUCAUGCCUUUCACUUUUAAUUCUGCCACAGAGGAGAGAGGUUGUACAGGCUUCAUUUCAGGAAAAAGAAUGACUGGAAACUGUACAUCCAUUGAGUCUGACUACGAAAACAAAUUCCUACCAGCCAUUUACAUCCUUGUGUUCAUCAUUGGUCUGGGAGCUAGUGGAUGGGUACUGAAGUCAAUGCUGCAGAAACAGAAGAAAGUUGGAAACAAUGUGUUUCUUCUGAACCUCGGACUUGCCAAUUUUUUGUUCCUACCAACACUCCCAUUUUUGUCAGCGUACUACUUAAUGAACAGUGACUGGAUCUUUGGAGAUGCCUUCUGCAAGAUCACAAGAUUCUGCUUCAACUUGAAUUUAUACGGCAGCAUUGGGUUCCUCACCUGUAUAAGUGUGGACAGGUACCUGGCUAUUGUCCAUCCAAUGAGGGUGAUGGGAAGAAUGACUGUCACCCACUCUGUGGUCAUCUCAGUCAUGGUUUGGCUGUUGGUGAGUCUCCAAAGUCUCCCAGACAUGUUCUACCCCAAAACAUCCACAAACAAAACUAAUUCAAAUGUAAACAGAACAUGCUACCAUACCACCUCUAGUGAGUAUAUUGAGGAUUACCUGAAAUACAGUGUUGGCUGGACACUCACUGGGUUUGUUAUCCCAUUCUGCAUCUUACUUGGCUGCUAUGGACAUGUGACCGUUGUUCUCUGUCACACAAAUACCAUUAAGAAAGUUGUGAAACAAAGAAGCUUAAACUUGUUGUUCAUCUUGAUCCUUCUCUUCUCGGUUUGUUACAUCCCCUAUCAUAUUUUAAGGAACCUCAACCUUUAUUCAAGAGGACUGAGAAAACAGAGCAUAUGCCCUAAAUGGAAUAAUGGAGUCUUCAGUGCUCAUCAGAUAAGUCGCGGUCUUGUGUGUCUGAAUAGUGUUUUGAACCCUCUUGUUUACCUCCAUAUAGUGGAUAUUCCCGCUCAGCUCAAUCAGUUUCUUCGGCGAUCUCGUCGAAUGUUUGAUCGUCUGACUAUAUCAAGCUACGGCCGUACGCCUGUGACACAGUCUGCACAAGAUUAACAAGAUUUGAACAUUAAUUCAUUGCUGACUUUGACUUUGUUAUUUGUCAUCUAAAAAAAGGCAGAAUCAAAGAUUUUUUUUCUUUGUAUAUAAAGUGCAGUGGGAAUGAUAGUGUAUAUACAUGCAUAUUUUUGUUUUAGUAGGUAUUGAUCAUGGCUGAAUAUUGCACAAUCUGACUGCUGUCUGGAUGAAGGACCUGUGAUCUGUUCUAAACAGUGGCCGUAACGGCCUGCAAAGAUUCUUUUGUUUCUGUG